AUGUCUCCCAUCCAUCCAUCCGUCCAUCUGUCUAUCCAUCCAUCCGCCGCUGCGGUGGAGCCGCGCUCCGCUCCCCGCGGCACCUGCGCGCUCACACCGCGCCCGUGCGCGCCCCCGCGGGGGAUGCGCGGCCCCGCCGGGGCUGAUGGGGGGCGGGGGGGGGAACGCGCAAAGUUGGCCCCGCUCUGGCCGCGGUGGAGAGCGGGGCUGGCGCUGCCCCCGCGCAGCGCGAUGCGCUCGGGGCCGCACGCUCCGCGGCUGCUCCCGCCGCUCCUCCCGCCCCAUCUCCCUCCCUGCUUAGGAAAGGUCAGACAGGCGCUGCUGCUUUCACCCCUGAGGGCAAACGCUGCCCUGGAUGCUGUUCCCAGCGCGGAUACCGGCCCUGGCUCUGCGCUUCACGGAAGAAGGCAGGGAAACAGAAAGAAAGACAACAAAAGAAAUGGUGCGGAUAGAGCAAACCCUGAACAGAAAUCAGAAAACAAUGAAAAACAAGCUAGGACAAAAGAAGAAACACCAUUAGAGACUGGCAAGUGGAUAUUCCCAAGACCUCCACUUCAUAUCUCUGUGUCAAAACUAACGGAAAUAGAAACAGAGUUGGUCUGAAUUGAUGAGGUGGACAUUUCUCUUGGGUUUGCCCAGUUUCCUUGCUCUAAAGGCAUUGCUGUAGAUGAUCCCUUGAAGACAUCUCCAAAUGAUGUUUCCACUAUUGUCCCUGAUAUUGAGGCAGAGCUUCUAAUCUGCUACUUGGAAACUGGGGAAGCCUGGAGCAUUAUUCUGAACCCAGCCUCUCUCCAGAAUCACCUACACCAAGCUGCUUGCUCUUGGUGCUUAUGGAGAGAUUCUGAAGCUGCUGCAGCUCAAGAAGCCUUCAAGAGAGAAGUAUCUUUUUCAGUUAUGUACACACCAUUUGUGAAAGGAGACAAGGCUGACAAAAUAAAGGAGGCAAAUAAAAACUUUGCUAAAGAGCACCCUGAUUACAUGCAGCACCUAUUCACAGAUCCUCAUGGAAUUUACACAUGGCCAGAGAUGGCUGAAUCUCUGCUGCCUGCCCAGCAGUGCUCACUGACUGUGGGUUUCAGAAACAAAAAAAACUUGGAAAGGUCUGUAACUAGAAAACUGCCAAUAUUUUCAGACCAGAAGGCACGUUUCAGUCCUACCAUGGAAGAAGAAACAAAACAAUCUGGGGACAGAACUGGGAAAAAAUAUUGUCAUGGAUUUUAUAAGAAGCACCAUUAUAAAAACCUCUUUUUGGUGUGUGAUGUGUGGUGGCAGAAUCCUCUGUGUGGGAAUGAUGCUGUGCUUUUAGGGCAAGCACAGCUCGUGUCCAGUGUGAUGGAGAGGUUCCAUUUCACCAACCUCCUUGGCCUCUGGCAGAGGGAGGAGGAGCAGCCCCAAGUGAUGAAUCAAGUGAUGGCUGAGCUGGUGACCAUCCGCCUGCAGGAAGCCUCUUGGGAGGGUGCAGACCUGCUGCAGUCACUAAUGGCUGAUGCCAUGGACAUCCUUGAAGGAAGAAGUGAAGAACAUGUGUGGACUAAAAUUGAGAAGGUAAAAAGCAGCAGCAAAGGGCAGGAGACUAUAUUACUCCUUGGGGAGUAA